GAAAAUUAUUAAUUUAAAAGACCAAGAAAAGGAUAAGUUGUUACAAUCGUUAUCGAAACCAAAAAGUAUAUCGACUUCUCUCGCAGAGAAACGAUAAAGAAUGAAUAUCGCGAAAUGCAAUGUUGUUGAAUUAGUAUUUUAAUUUAAUUUAAAUAAAUUUAAUUUAACGGCAAAUAAAUUAUCUACUUAGAUGGGUGACGCGGUCAAUGGUAAGAAAUUAUUUAUGAAGAUGUGUGCUUCAUGUCAUACUAUGGAAAAAGAUGGGAAACAUAAGCUAGGUCCUAACCUGCAUGGUAUCAUGGGCAAAACUUGUGGAACUACUUCAGGAUUUAAUUUUACAGAAGCUAUAAAAGAAAAAGCGAUUGUGUGGGAUGAAAAGACCUUAAAUGAAUUUUUAGAAUUUCCUCAAAAAUUUAUUCCGGGAACAAAAAAGACAUUUUUCGUCAAAAAUGCCGAGGAUCGAAAAGAUUUGAUCGCUUUUCUAUCUACUUUGAAGUUUUAAUAGAAUAAUUGUCUACUUGCGACAUAAAUAUGACAAUAUCAGCUAUCGGUGCUUAAUCAUAAAGAAUGAUAAUA